AUGCGCGAGGCCGCGGGGGUGGAGGCGCGUCGUUCGGCGCGAUGCGUCCUCAUGGUCUGCGACUUCUUCUACCCGCAGUUCGGCGGAAUCGAGACGCACAUCCUGCACCUCUCGCAGGCGCUGGCCAAACAAGGCUGCAGGGUCUGUGUGCUCACGCACGCGUACGGAGACCGGAAGGGCGUGCGGUACAUGGAGGGGGACAUCAAAGUGUUCUACGCGCCGAGAUGGUGCAUGCCGCUCUCCGUAGCAGCGCCGUCGAUCUUCCUGUCCCAGUCCCUGCUGCGGUCCAUCGUCGUCCGCGAACAGGUUGACGUCGUCCACUGCCACCAGGCGUUCUCCGUGCUGGCGCUCGAGGCGAUGCUCGCCGCCAAGCCCCUGGGCUGCCGCCUGGUCUUCACCGACCACUCCCUCCUCGGCCUGGCCUCCCCGGGGGGGGUACUAAUAAACAAACUCAUGAAACUCCUCCUCUCCGACGCGGACCGCAUCAUCUGCGUGUCCCACAUCGCCCGCGAGAACACCGUCCUCCGCGCCUGCGUGCCGCCCGACCAGGUCUACGCGAUCCCCAACGCCAUCGACGCCGACCACUUUCCGCCCCGCGCCCCCGCCGCGCUGCCCGCGCAUGUCUGCGCGAAGCACGACGGCGUCGACUUCGUGGUCGGCGGGGACGGGCCGGAGCGGCCGGUGCUGGAGGACAUGGUCGUGUCGCGGGGGCUGGAGGGGCGCGUGAGGCUGCUGGGGUCCCUCGAGCCGGGCCCCGAGGUGGGCGCAGUGCUGCGUCAGGCGCACGUGUUCUUGACGACCAGUCUGACUGAGUCGUUCUGCAUGGCGGCCGUCGAGGCCGCGUGCUCCGGUCUCCUGGUCGUAGCGACUGCAGUCGGGGGCGUGCCGGAGGUCCUGCCUCCAACGAUGAUGGAGUUGGCAGAACCCAAUCCGGCAUCUGUUGUCGCGGCGGUGGACAGGGCGCUGCAGCGGCUGCAUCUGACGGAUCCGCAGGCGCAGCAUGCGCAGAUCCGCGGGAUGUACAACUGGCGGGACGUCGCGGAGCGCACGGAGGCGGUGUACGAGGCUUCGGAGACGUACGCAGGGGAGGACUCGCUGGCGGAGCGGCAGCGGCGGUACCGGCGUGGCGGGCGGCUCGCCGGGCUGCUCAUGUGCGCGAUGGCUGCGCUCAUGCAGGUCUGGCUGGCGGCGCUGUCGUGGGCGAUGCCAGCCCAGGACAUGGAGCACUGGCCACGCCUUGCGGGGGCGGCGAGGGCGCAGCUGGCAUGUGUUUCCGCGCGACGAGGAUCUGGCAAGGUGCUUGGUGAUACGUAG